GCCCACGUGACGGCCGCUCACGUGACGGCGGCAGCGAUGGCGGCGGAGGAGGAGCGGGCGCUGUUGGGUCCCGCCGGCCGUGAUGACGGCGAUGGCGGCGGUUCUCCCGGCCCCCCUCGUACCCUGCCCGCUGUCUGCGAUCCUCGGCGCCUGCCGCACCGCCUCCUUGUCCUCGCGCUCAUGUGCUUCCUGGGCUUCGGCAGCUACUUCUGCUACGACAACCCGGCGGCGCUCCAAACGCAGGUUCAACGGGAUAUGAAGGUGAACACAGCCCAGUUCAUGUCACUCUAUGCCUGGUAUUCCUGGCCCAAUGUGGUUCUUUGCUUUUUUGGAGGUUUUCUGAUAGACAGAGUAUUUGGAAUAAGGUUGGGCACUAUAAUAUUUAGUAUCUUUGUUUGUGUUGGGCAGGUAAUUUUUGCCUUGGGAGCACUACUUAAUACUUUCUGGCUGAUGGACAUGGGCAGAUUCAUAUUUGGAAUAGGUGGAGAGUCCUUAGCUGUGGCACAAAACACAUAUGCGGUCAGUUGGUUUAAAGGCAAGGAAUUAAAUCUUGUGUUUGGAUUACAACUAAGCAUGGCGAGAAUUGGGAGCACAGUGAACAUGAAUAUCAUGGGAUGGAUGUACUCUAGAGUUCGAGAUCUUCUGGGCUAUACUGGUCCCAGUACUCUUGGGUUAACCCUCAUGAUAGGUGGCGUAACAUGUCUCUUUUCACUGACCUGUGCAUUAAUCCUUGCUUAUCUGGACAGGAGGGCGCAGAAGCUUCUUUGUAAAGAGCAAGGGAAGACGGGUGAAGUGAUUAAGCUGACUGAUGUGAAGGACUUCUCCUUGUCCUUGUGGCUUAUAUUUGUAAUCUGUGUCUGUUACUAUGUAGCGGUUUUUCCUUUCAUUGGACUCGGAAAGGUUUUCUUUAUUGAGAAAUUCAAAUUCUCAUCUCAAGAAGCAAGUGCAAUUAACAGUAUCGUGUAUAUCAUAUCGGCACCCAUGUCCCCGGUCUUUGGACUCCUGGUGGAUAAAGUUGGAAAGAAUAUCAUCUGGGUUUUAUGUGCUGUAAUAACUACACUUGCUUCUCACAUUAUGUUGGCUUUUACUUUCUGGAACCCCUGGAUAGCAAUGUGUUUGCUGGGAGUGGCUUACUCAUUGCUUGCCUGCGCCCUGUGGCCCAUGGUGGCCUUUGUUGUUCCAGAACACCAGCUGGGAACUGCUUAUGGCUUUAUGCAGUCUAUCCAGAAUCUUGGUCUAGCAAUUAUUGCUAUAGCAGCUGGGAUGAUUCUGGACACAAGAGGAUACUUGUUUCUUGAAGUCUUCUUCAGUGCUUGUGUUUGCUUGUCACUAAUAGCUGUGGUCAUGCUGUAUUUUGUGAAUCACCUCACAGGUGGUGAUCUCAACUGGUCUGCAAAGAAAAGGGAAAAACUGCAAAAAGUAGCUGCAAAUGAAGUGGAAGAACAAGAGAGACUCAGACGUCAAAAUGAAGAUGACUUGGCUAAAUUACAGCCAAAAGCUGAUGACUUUAGUUUAAGGAAUAAAUACCUCUCCAGACUAGGCGCUCAGCUACCAGAUAAUUACUCUUCCUAUUUAUCGACAAUGGUACACAGAAGCGUGUUGAAAUAGCAUCUUGCCCCGCUUGCAAAUGCAGAAACACAUUGAAGUUCCUGGUACACAAAACUUUGCUUCCAGUACUGAGAAGUACCACAGCGAAAGCAGAGUGAUGCACCAUACUUUUCCGCAAGCAUAGAUCCUAUUUUAAAAAUACUUGGCUUAAGCUUCCCCUCCGCACCGUGGGUAAAUAACACAGAUACCAAGGAAGGACCACUGGCUGUUUAUUUGGCCCCUUGAGCUAUGUACUACACCCUCCUGUCUAAAAUACUCAGUGAGUAGCUCGAGUCGAUAGCUAAGACUUGAUCUCUUCAACGAUGUCUGAAAUGUGAAAGCUUUUGUUUCAAUAAUCAAAUUGCUGUGAAAUGAGCCUUGGGGUAGGUAUGGGUUAUUUAGCUUCUCAGGUUGAACAACUCGGUUACCAUGUCGGAAAUGGUCUGUUCCAUUUUUUCUUAUAGAAAAAUGUAAGGAAAGGCUACCUUUUUAUUUUGGUCCUAGCAAAUAUUUCAGAGGAAACCAAACUAUACAACAAUCAGUGUUACCGUUCAAAAAGUGCCAGCCCUGGAAUUUAAUCCCGGGUCGCAGGCUUAGCAAUAAACCUCAUGUAAGUCCUGAUUAAUGUGAAAAUUGAUGUAUUUUUAAGAAACUGUGAGUAAAAAUGAUGAAAAGCAUUAAAUGCAAGAACUGAAGUUUGGCGUUCAGUGGAAAAAUGUUCGAUUUCAUAAUGAAACUCAAAGCUUUUCCAUAAUUUCAGUGGAAGCGGAAUUUUCAGUGGAAGGCUUGUUGCUGAAUAGCUAGCUACUAGCAACUCCCGUGGAGUGCUUUUUCCUUCGUUUCUGUCAAUGAUAAAGGCUCACUUACUUAGGUAAUUGGACAAACUAUUCCUAAACUAAGCUAAUCUUAUUUUAAAAAGCAAGAGCAUCUGGCUUUUUGGAGCUGCUGUGCAAGUAGAGAUUAAGGCACACAGGGGUGAGUGAGCUUUCCUUGGCUGCCUUCAGGGAGUCCUUGUGUGCCACAAAAUGCUUAAGAGCCUUUGACGAAUUGCUUGAUGGCAGAGAAAGUAGUUUGUUAUAAUAAAAGUAUUACAUUAUACCUGUAACAUGGGGUUUUUUGCCUACUAUAAUUUAAGCAGACCUUCUGGAACUCAUGAUCUUAAGGUCUUUUUCUUUAAAGAUACUUUUCAGUGGAGAUUUUUUUUUGUCUUCAUGAAAGACUAAGCCAGGACUAUUUUGGUUAAUAGUUCUGUAUUCUGAAGAACAAUUUAGGAAAAUGAAGUGGCAGGUUGUGAACUGUGCUGGGAUGUGGUACCCUGAGCUGUCAUAAUUUUUAUCGUUCCUUUCUAUGCUUCCUUUGAGAAUCAAACACUAUCAGCUCUGAGACUGGUUGAUGCAAGAUGGUUUAUUUUUCCUUGUAGACUUGUGCAUUCUGGGUCUUUUUUUUUUUUUUUUUUUUAAUAAAAGCUUUAAAUGGAUAUUGGCACAUGUAUUUUUCUUACCUGACUUCUUAGUGAUGCGUUGUUGCCCUUGGUGGUGGUUGUUGCGUUUGGGUUUUUUUUUUUUUUUAAAGAAGCAUGACUUCUGCUUUCCCCUGAGAAAUACGUAGAGUUUCUGGGGAAGUAUAUCUUUGAGGAUCCAAAGGCAAAGUUUUCCCCAGUUCCCCGCACUGAUGGGUUGAUGCAUUUUUCUUUCUUGCGGAGGGAGGGAGUUAGAUUCUUGCUCUUCUGUUGCUCUUCAUCUCCUUCAGCUAGCUGCUUCUCCUAAUUCUGAUGUGUUGUGCUUGUGGAUAACUCCUCUGCUGUUACCUGCGGGUCAGCGUUUCACAUGUGACAUGACAGACAGUAACUGUGAACUUAAUGUCUUGUUGAAACUUUAUUUUCAGUUCCUAAAUUCCCUGUACCCUUGUGCAUCUUGCUAAAGUACUGUGGUGGACUUCUGUAAAUGAUGUAACUUCCCGCGUCAGCUCAAUUCCAAACGCCCUGGCCUUUCCUUUCUGAGGGAUUUCAGCCCCUUGAUUUCCUUUACCUCCAUUUUUCAUUUGUGGAUGUGCAGCAUAGGAGCCAUCUGGCUUUUGUUGCCUUAUCCCCCGAUAAAUUUCUGAUAGGAUAGAGCCACCUUCUUCCUAUUGCCAGCCUUUUUAGUCUCACUGCUGUGUUUGUGCUUCAGACUUUCAACACGUGCUUCAUAGGUUCACGUCAAUCGUCAAGAGGAAAAUGGAUUUUUCUUUUUUUUUUUUUUUUUUUUUUUUUAAUUCUGAAAUGCGGUUUCUCUUUGAUAGUGAAAAUCUGGUUGUGAUCAUUGUGGGAGGGCUACGGCCAGCAGCUACAGCAGCGAGCGGGCUGCCCGCCUUGGCUGGGGAGGGGCUGUUCCUUGGCAGUAUUUGUGCGAGUCCUGUUUGCAAUGAAUUUGGAAUGGCUUGAGCUGUAAGCUGCUUAUCUUUGUAAGACUGCCUUUUUCCCCGUGCGAAGCUUCCCUUAACGGCUUCUAACCCACAAGCCAAAGAAGUUGUUGGUACUUUUUUUUUAAAAUACAGAGUUUCUGGGUUGGGCUCUGCUGCUGGACUGCAGUGGUCUGGCUAAAUUCUGCUAGCGGAUAUGCUCGCUUGCCUGGAGCGGUUUACAGAAGAGUUAGUAAAUAUGGUAGCAAGCGGUGGUUCAACAUGGUAUUUUAUCAAAUUUAUCUGGGCAAAUUUCUGAGGGAGGUGUAACUUAGGAAGAAUACAAAUAGUGUUACCCAUCUGUAUUACUUCUGCUGCUCAUGUGGGGUACCCCCAGGCAUGGGGGACACCCAGAGCUGCUGUGGCUUUUGGGUGGUUCUGUUCCUUUCUGUUGGGUGGGGUGUUUGUGGUUCUUUGAUGUGUUGUUUCUUUUUUCUUUCUCCUUUUCAUGUCUUUCCUUCAAGGAAUCAUUGCUGGAUGUUUCAAUAGGCUUUCUCAUUAAAAAAUUUAGUUUAGUCCACCGAGUAUGUUAACCACUGUAGCUGCUCUCUUGUUACUUUUCCUGUUGUGCAGAUGGUCAAGCAAAGAGGCAAAGCGGAGCUGUUGAAAAUGAGCCGCAUCUGAGUAAGGUGAAAAUCUCUGUUCCUAAUAUGUUCACGCUGUGUUCUGUCGGACGGGGCAGAUGUGCAUUGGCGUGAAUGGGAAGCCAGAAAGCCCUAGACUUAAGUACACACAGCAUGCUUUCAUGCAGACUUCUUCAAAAGGAAAUGUUUAAAGCAUAGAAAUACUCUCUAAAUAUUUAAACUUCCUAUGCAUAUGAAUCAUGAAGUAUCUUUUUCAAACAUUCAGUAAUGGAGUGGCUGCCCAAGUGACCCUGCGGUGCUCCGCAUCUCAUGGUGUUCUCCAAGUAUGUAUGCAAUUGUUUUUGCACAUUUGAAAUUUUUUCAUAAAUACUGGUCACUAGGAACAUCAUUUGUGCCAUAAAGAUAGUACUUAUCAACAAGCUUUUUAUCCUCCAGGAAAUUUUGUAACAGUGACAGUAGUGAACUCUUCCUCAUCCUGAACGCUCCAAGCAGCCUGUCUUUGAGGUGGCCGCAGAGCAAGCCAGCAGGAACGGUUUUGUUUGUCAUUACCCGUGAGGGACUGUGCUGAAACCAGCUCGCGUGGCCCCGCGAAACAGCUGUCAGAAGUGGUGGAUUUCAGUUGUUACCAACCUCUGCUGAAUUUGAAUCAACAGAUUGGGAAGCCAAGCUGCUCUGUCUCGUUGCCAAGCCUCCGUCUGCUGAACGUUAGAGAAAGAAAUAGCAGCAGCCUUGCCUGGCUGGGCGGCUUCAUCUGGAUUCCCUGGUUGAGUUUGCCCGUGUUACUGUGGUUACACCAACCAUGCUCAGGUGGGGACAAAGCAAAUGCACUUCUGCCCAGAGUUCCGAUGGACGUGAUCUGGCACAUCUGAAGUAAAGGGUUUGUUUUAUUUAAAUAACAAAAAAAAUGUUCGUAAAAAUAAAAAAAAAGUCAAAGUAGUUCUCUCUG